GUCUUUUGUGUUGUUGCAUUUUUUUUUUAAAUUCUUCAGGUUUAUUGUUCUUAUUUUUUCUUUGUACCUGUGAUUUCAACAUACUUCGAUUGCAUGCGCAAAGGCUGGCCGAGGCUCAACAUCGAUAACAAUGCCGGGGACAGUGGCAGACGGACCUACGGUCUCCAUGUCUUUUGCCAACAAUUUUUGGGGCAAAGAAGAUGCAGGACUUCAACCAAUGUUGGACCGCGUGCAUGGUUCAAAGAUCACAAAUGACGAACUGAAGGUUUUCUACGGCAUUCGAGCCUCCAUCGAAGAUGAAUACGCGCGAAAACUCCAAGCCUUGUGUCGCAAGUCGCUGGGAUCAUGUGAGACGGGAUCACUCCGAGCCUCACUCGACGUGGUUCGCGGCGAGACUGAAGCCAUUGCUAAGGCACACGCCGCAAUCGCGGGACAAAUGAAGACCGAAUUAGAGGAGCCACUUGCUGCUUUUGCUAGUGGUAUCAAGGAGCGACGAAAGAUCAUUCAACAGUGCAUCGAGCGCUUACACAAGACCAAAAUGCAACAGACACAGCUUGUCAACAAAACGCGUGAUCGUUACGAGCAGGAUUGUCUCCGCAUCAAGGGAUACCUCGCGCAGGGCCAUAUGGUCAUGGGCCAGGAAGAGCGCAAGAAUAAGGCCAAGCUGGAGAAGACCCAGAUCCAGAUGGCAUCAAAUAGCCAGGAAUACGAAGCGGCCGUCAAACAACUCGAGGAGACAACUGGACGCUGGAAUAAGGAAUGGAAGUCAGCAUGCGACAAAUUCCAAGACUUGGAAGAGGAGCGUCUGGAUUUCACAAAGAGCAGUCUGUGGACCUACGCGAACAUUGCUUCAACUGUUUGUGUCAGCGACGAUGCCUCAUGCGAGAAAGUCCGUCUCUCUUUGGAGAACUGUGAAGUUGAGAAAGAUAUUAUUUUCUUCAUCAAGGACCAAGGAACUGGCCAAGAAAUCCCGGAUCCACCCCGAUUCAUCAACUUCUGUAAGGAUGAUGACUCGAGCUCCGAUAUAGAUGAAGCCGAAGGCUACUCGGUAGCCCAGUUCCAACGCACCAUGAACCCUGCAUUCCGCACAUCUUCUCCUCAACCCUCAACAUUCGAUUCACACCAUGACCCACAGUCAGACCUCGCGGGUCAAAUGGGACAUCCUGCUCCUCCUGCCGUUAGCAAUGCGCCGCUACCUCAGCAGCAACCGCUACCGUCACAGCAGCAGCAGCCGUUCAUGCAGCAGCAGCCUCUCAUGCAACAGCAGCCUCCCGUGCACCAGCAGCCUCCCGCCCAACAGCAACCUCUCAUGCACCAGGAGCCUCCCCUGCAGCAGCAACCGCCGCUACAACCACAACCCCAACAACCUGCGCCUCUAGACUUCCGCCGUGGCGGGGCGCCGCCUCCUAACUAUGACCCCGAGCAACAUGGAGAGAUUGGAGCUGUUCCCCACAAUGCAUACCCUACAGACGGCAUGACUAUGUUCUGUCGUGCCGGGCCACCCUCAGAGCGAAGCUCAGCGACCAGCGCAUAUCGCCCGUCUAGCCGUGACUCUCAGAGCGAAGUUUCGAACCCAACCUCUAUCUCCAGUGUCGAGGAAACCCCUACCAAGAAGUCUGUAGCAAAGCCAACAAACAGUGCGCCGAUGCCAACCCCCGGAGAUGAUAAAUCACCAAAGAAGAAGAGCGCUUUCUUUAGCAACAGCCCCUUCCGUCGCAAGAGUCGUCAUGACAAAGAAAGGCCUGCUAUUUCUUCACAGCAAGUCAUCUCUCCACAGUCGGUUGCUUCACCCCACCCCGCGUCUCGUGGUGGUUGGGACUCGCCGACAAAGCAAAUCAGUCCGACGAAGCAAAUGAGCCCUCCCAAGCAAGUGAGCCCACCCAAGCAAGUGAGCCGGCCUAAGCAAGUUAGUCCACCUAAACAGACUAGCCCAACCAAACAAGUCAGCCAAGUCAGGCAUGCAGCAGGCCCGCAGGGUCGUGGCUCUGGCAGCCCGGAGCCUGUUGAUCCUCGAGCCAACUUCCAGCUCAAUGUUGGGAAUAAUGUCUUUGACGUUGCAUCCCCAGAAAAGAGCUCACCCCAGAAGGGAUCACAGACAAGCCAGGCAUCUGAAGAUGAUUUGGAUCCCAUUGCGCGGGCUCUAGCAGACCUCAAGACAAGCGGGAAGCAGUCAGCCACUCGAGUGUCGGCAGAUAGAUAUCAUGGCAUCUCCACACCCACUCCGUCGGCACAUUCAUCGACCUAUGGUGGAAGCAGUGCUAGCGUUGCUGCUCCACCACCAGCAUACAAUGAUCCCACAGUCAAGCGACUUGGCGCACCUCAACCGGCCUUUACGGCAAAGCAAAUGCACAAGACAACUCAGAAGUAUACUGGUCAAACUCAGAGCAUGCUACGAGGACAAAACAGCAACAUGGGUUCUACCCAUAGCGGUCAAACCCAAGAAGCCCCCCGAGCUAGAUCGCCAGCACCAGCACCGAGGCGUAGCAUUAGCCCUCAGGUUGCUUCUCCCCGUGUGGAUACUCGGAUGAGCCAGAACAGUGGCAGGGGUCCAAGCCCUAGUCCGAGUAGUUACCAGUCUAACAGCAUGCGAAGUCAAUACAGCCAAUCGCCCACUCCCCGUCGUACUCAAGACCCACCUUACUCUCCAAACGAUUUUGCUCGGAGGGCCUCGCCCGCUAUGAGCCACCGUGCUGUAUCCCCACAGCCCCAGUUCAGGCAGCAAGCUCGUCCUUCCAGUUCUGGUGGCAUGGAGCUGCAGUUGUCUGGAAACCACGAUAUGUACGGUUCCAGCAGUCCCGGUGGAUAUGGCGGCUCGGCUCGAGGAACCAGCCGCCCCUCAUCAACUUAUGGUGACGGCCCGCCUAUCGGCCGAUCCCGGAGCCGUACUAUGGCUGUUGCAGAGCCUGGACGCAAAUUCAGCCGCGAUGGCCGUCCAAUCUUGCACUUUGCUCGUGCCAUGUACACCUAUAAUGCUGCCAUCCCUGAAGAGCUCAGCUUUGGCAAGGGCGAUGUCCUUGCCGUUCUCCGCCUGCAGGAUGACGGGUGGUGGGAAGCCGAAGUCACCAACGCCCGUGGCCACCCUGGUCUCGUGCCAAGCAACUAUCUGCAAAUCAUCUAAUACCCCAUUGAUCUCACGACCCGCCACGACCCUCGGAACCUUCGGCCUGACGGUGAUGCUCUUCCUCAUGUUCUCACGUAGAUACCAUGCCUUUUCGUCGACUUUCUUUGCACAUUGACGAUUUCAUUCCAACUUCGCUUCUAUUUUUCUCUCAUUCUCAACAUGGUGCUACAGUCCCGUCUUGACAUCACUGAACAGCCUGUUUAAUCUUAUUAUUCUGUUCUUGCGGAUGUUUUUGGAAACUUUAGCGUGUGUGUUAUGGGAAUAUUUUUACUAUGUGCUUCGUGUGAAAUUGUUGAAUUCUUUUCUUUUUGUCUUUCUCCUUCUCUCGACAGAGAUCUGUUCGAACGAAAUUGUAUGAUGAGCAAUCUCGGGCCAUGAAGACCUUGGCACUUCAUGGUCUUUUCUUUUUCUUAUUCCCCCUUCUUUGCUCCGUUCUCCGUCAUUUGCUUUGGGCUAUCUUUGGACGGUCGUUCAAUUGUCAUGCAGGAUAUGAUAUGAUUUGUUUUAAUUGAUGUUCU